AUGCUGAUCUUAUUGAUUCUUCUUCUCGAAAUCAUUCUAUAUUCUGACAAUUGCAUUCCAACGCAAACUGCUGAAGAGGUUUAUAGCACAACUACUAGCACAACGAGCUCUACAACAUCCACCACAACUUCUACCACCACUACCACAACCUCACCAACAACCACGGGAAUCUGGAGCUGUCCAGAUUCCGACUGGACAAUCUUCGACAGGGGGACUUAUUCCUGGUGUAUGCGCCCGGCUUAUGGAAAUGCUUAUCUUGGAAGUGCCGGAUCUCUCUGCACAACUUUGGAUAGCUCCGCAGUUCUCAGCGGCUUCCAAGAUCUCGCAGAACUCUCAGAAUUGUCCAGCGAAGCUGCAGCGUAUGACAGUUCUAUAUUAUACAUGGCGAUCGGUGCGAUUCGAUCCGAUAAUUGUAAAACCCAAGCAAGUCUAAGCACCGCAGCUUGCUCAGGGACAAAUAUUUUCGUAUGGGAUGAUGGGCAUACAACUGGAAGUGCUGGGUUCGAUUGGUUUGUGAAUACACCGAAUGGUUGCUUCAAUACUGGAUGUGAUAUUGCGAAUUGGGCGAUUGUUUAUCCGAGUUUGGCGAAGUUGGAUGAUUUUCCGGCAAAUUGGGCGGUUGGUGGAGCGAUUUGUGGAAUGGAGGCAACUUAUUCAUGA